CAUUCCCAAACUGCAGCCACUUGCAAAGACCCUGAAUCAUCAUCGAACCUCGGUUCGGAGUCGGUUCCCCUCAUCGGGACGGUUAUUCUAGAUCACCAUGGCUGCAAAUACACCAGCCGUUGAGGACCCCAUCGUGAAAAAACUGCAAGAGUACACCACGUGCGAUGUCUCGGACGCCCUCGUCAAGCUCAAGGUGCCCAACGGCGGCUUUCUACCCGGUAUCACCAUGUGGUCGCCGCAACGUCAGGAUGGGCCUACCAAGAUAGCCGGGCCGGUGUAUACCGUGCAGUACGCCCCGCUGGACGAUGUGAGGCCCAAGUGGCCUAGUCACUACAUCGACUCUGUUCCAGCCGGCGCUGUUGUCUUCGUGACAUCCACUCCCAGCACGUCGAAUGCUCUCUACGGAGGUUUGAUGAGCACUCGGGCCAAGGCGAGUGGUGCCGUGGGUUCCGUCAUUGACGGCCGCUUUCGGGAUCUGCAAGAACAGAGAGAUUUGGACUACCCAGUAUUCGCUCGCGAUGUAGGCACCACGCCACCCGGCCCCUUAUUCAAGGUUGUUGCGGUCAAUGAACCAGUGAAAGCCUCCAACGAUGGUCGUGAUAUCGUCAUCAAUCCUGGGGACUACUUGAUUGGCGACAUCAACGGGGUGGUGAUCUUGCCCAAGGGGCUUGCUGAGCAGGCUUUGCCGCUCAUGGGGAAGCAGGUCGAGGCGGACUCGAAAAUGGCUGUUGCGAUUCGAAACGGCAUGAGCUUUGCCGAGGCGAGCAAGAAGUUCAGAUCAUGAAGCACACAAUCAAUAAGAUAGCUGCUGAUAAUA